AAGCGACCUUCCAUUUUUUGGAAUGGAUGUGCAGCCCAUUGUAUUGAUCUCAUGUUGGAGGACAUAGGGAAGCUUGGAUCGGUUGACAAAAUAAUUACCCAAGCAAGACAAGUAACGGUGUUCUUGUAUGCUCACACAAGGGUGUUAUCUCUGAUGAGGAAAACACUUGGGAAAGACUUGGUACGGUCAGGUAUUACUAGGUUUGCCACGGCUUAUCUCAAUCUUAAAAGCUUGCAAGACAACAAGAAGGAAAUGCUUAAACUAUUCAGAUUGGAUGAGCUACAUGAAAUGGGUUACUUAGAGAAGGACAAGGGGAAGAUGGCUCACAAAACGGUGCAACCAGAAGCCUUCUGGAAAGGUGUUGGCGUUGCUGUCAACUACUUUGAGCCAAUGGCUAAUGUGCUAAGAAGAAUGGAUAGUGAUGUGCCCGCAAUGGGAUUCUUAUAUGGUUGUAUGUUGGAUGCAAAAAAGGAAAUUGCUGCAAGUUUUGAUAAUGACGAGAGUCGCUUCAAAUGUGUUAUUGAUAUCAUUGACAAGAGAUGGGACAGCAAACUCAAGUCGCCAUUACAUUUGGCUGGGUACUUUCUGAACCCCUACUAUUAUUAUCCAAACAAGGUUGUGAUAGAGAGGGAUGGAUCAUUUAGAGCAGCCGUGGUCCAUUGCAUCACAAGGAUGAUUGAAGCUCAAAAAACUCAAGAUGAGCUUAUUGAUGAACUCGACAAAUACGAGGCGGAGGAAGAUUCCUUUGGAAUGGACAUUGUUGUACGACAGAGAAAAAGGAAAAACUUUUCUCCAGCAAAAUGGUGGCUGAAUUAUGGCACAUGUGCACCCCUGUUGAAGGACUUGGCAAUGAAGAUUUUGAGUUUGACAUGUAGCUCCUCAGCUUGUGAGAGAAAUUGGUCAGCAUUUGAACAAGUUCAUACAAAGAAACGCAGCAGGCUACUCCAUGAUAGGAUGAGUGAUCUUGUAUUUAUCAAGUUCAACUCUAGGAUGAAGCAUAAGAGAGAGAACAAGAGUAGAGACCCAAUAGAGAAGACAAUCGUUGAUGUUCUUGAGGACGAGGAUAAUGAGUUCAUCACCGGCAUUGUUGGAAAUGAUAAUGUUGUUGAACAUGUUGGUGAUGAAGAUCAAACUCAACAAGAGAGAGCUUCAACAUCACAAGAACAAGGGAAAAAGAAGAAGAGGCCUACUGCGCCCCCUAGAAAGAAGAGGAAGAAGAGCUUGCAAUCUCUCCUUAAUAGUGUCGAUGAGGAAGCUAUACUUUCUGCCUCUUCCAAUUCUUCUUCGUCGGAAUCAGAAGAUGAGUCUCCCUCGGCCCUUGCUGACUCGGAUUAAUUGCAUGGUUGGGUGUACCACUUUUGUUGUUUCAAAGUGUGCUGGUGGUAUGUUGUUAUGUUGCUAUGUCAAGUUAGUUGGCUGAACUUAUAAACCGGACCAUCUCAUGUUGUUUAUGUACCACUUUUGUUAUUCAAAGUGUGCUGGUGGUAUGUUGCUAGUUGCUAUGCCAAACUUUGCUCUGUUAUGUAAUGAAUUGAACCAUCUCCUGAUAUAUGUCCUUAUUAUGUAUGGUAGGAACUACAUAAUACUAUGUUAUGUGGCUGUUUGCAUGAGUAUGGUAGGAACUACAUAAUACAGUAUCAUUUUUCUAUUAACUUGGCUGUAUGGUAGUUGA